ACUACUUUACGUUAGUGAGAGAACUAUGUAGAUAAUCUUGCAGCAGCAAAUUGUGCUCAAGUUUGCAACUUCAAACCAGAGUGUCACCUACCGCGGAUCAACAUUUAAUAAUACUAAUCUGAGAUGGAACUUUUGGACUUGCCAAAAUCAUGAACAUCUUGUUCCUCAACUAAUCACAAGAACUCAAUAAACAAACAGUAUUUGAGCCUCUACAUUGUGAUGAUAGAUCUAAAAAAAUCUUAAUUCAGCUUAAUUUAUCCAACAGAAACUAUUUAGUACAAGAUAUAAAUAGAUAGCUGUGCACCAAGGCCUUCAACACCAAGUAGUGAGUAUAUGGGGAGAUUGGAGAAAAUGGAAGGAAGGAAGGUAAGUAACUCCGGAAACGCUACCAUUCUUGCUCUGGGCAAAGCCUUCCCUCAUCAGCUUGUCAUGCAAGAGUUUUUGGUUGAUGGCUAUUUCAAAAACACUAACUGCGAUGAUCCAGAACUCAAGCAAAGGCUCACUCGACUCUGCAAGACAACGACAGUAAAAACGCGAUACGUGGUAAUGUCAGAGGAGAUCCUAAAAAAGUAUCCUGAGCUAACAGUCGAAGGCCUUCCAACAGUAAAGCAAAGAUUAGACAUAUGCAACGCAGCAGUUACAGAAAUGGCAAUUGAAGCCUCACAAUCUUGUAUCAAAAAAUGGGGUAGGCCAAUUUCGGACAUUACACACGUAGUAUAUGUUUCCUCAAGUGAAGCUAGAUUACCAGGAGGUGAUCUUUAUUUAGCAAAAGGACUCGGUUUAAGCCCGCAAACUAAACGUGUUAUGUUAUAUUUUGCUGGUUGUUCUGGUGGAGUCGCGGGCCUUCGUGUUGCUAAGGAUAUUGCUGAGAAUAAUCCAGGAAGUAGAGUCCUGUUAGCUACUUCAGAGACUACUAUAAUUGGGUUCAAACCACCAAGUGUUGAUAGGCCAUAUGAUUUAGUUGGAGUGGCUCUGUUUGGUGAUGGUGCUGGAGCUAUGAUAAUCGGGUCGAACCCAAUUCGAGAUAUCGAAAGGCCUCUUUUUGAAUUGCAUACUGCUAUUCAGCAUUUCUUGCCUGACACAGAAAAGAUCAUUGAUGGCAGGCUUACUGAAGAGGGAAUUAGCUUCAAGCUAGAAAGAGAACUACCCCAGAUAAUUGAAGACAAUAUUGAGGAUUUCUGCGACAAGUUGAUAAGUAUUUCUGGAAUCAAUGAUAAAGAAUACAACAAGUUAUUUUGGGCAGUUCAUCCAGGUGGCCCUGCUAUUUUAAACAGGCUGGAAAAAAGGCUAGAAUUAUCUCCUGAUAAAUUGAGUGCUAGCAGAAGAGCAUUGGCAAAUUUUGGAAAUGCAAGUAGCAAUACAAUUGUGUAUGUGCUAGAGUACAUGUUAGAGGAGAAAAAAGACAUGAAAAAAGGAGAUUCUGAUUGGGGAUUGAUACUGGCAUUUGGUCCUGGAAUCACAUUUGAGGGUAUUCUUACAAAGAAUCUGACUAUUUGAAUCGUGCGUUACUAGCUCUUGAAGUUUUUUUCCGUCAGUCAAAGCAAUAAAAAUAAAGAAUGUGGUCAUUUGAGUAUGUUAAAGAGUAGUUAUCCUUCAACUUGUUGAAGUUUUUUUUAUUUAUUGUCUAUAGAUUACGUAAUUUGUUUAAGAGCAAUGAAGUAUCUCCUAGAAUUGCACUUUCAAGAGCCUGGAUAAAAAGGACAACAUUAUGAUCUAAUUAGAUUAUCAUUAAUAAAUUGAUUAUGGAUAAUUAA